AAGUCGCAGGAGAUCGUAGCCCAUGAAAGAAACCUAUCAAACCCAUGUGGUCGAUCCUUGAAAGAAGCCUAUCGAUCCCAUCAAAUGGUCGUGAUUCUUGGUAGAAGUCCGAUCCGGUUGCAAGAGAUUCCUUGGGAAGUACUUGAUCCUUGGAAGAAGAUUAAUUCAUUAAGAGGUCGUGGUCCUUGGAAGAACCUAAUCGAUCCCAUAAAGUGA